AUGUUGACAUGGCAGGAUUUAAAAUCUAGGACAAAGACAAAAGCAGGGCACAUAAAAAAACAUGCAAGGGGAACAGGUGGUGGACCACCAUUGGAGGAUAAAUUGGCUACUAUUGAGGAGGAAAUUUUGGAUUGCGUUAAAAUAGUUAGUGUGGAAGAACACAAGAAGGCCACCGAGUCUGCAGUCGACUUUUACUUCCAUUUUAUAGAAGACCCACUUACAGUCCCCAUAAAAGAAAUGCAAUUUAUUAUAGACCUUCGGGUGAAGGUUUACCAGUACCUCAGAAAACAGUCAAUAAAAAAUGUGUCUUUGGGCGGAGGUUUGCCAGUAGCAUCAACCUCAGGAAGCCAACAGCCAACGAAGAAAAAUACUAUAAAAAAAUUGCUAUAUUGGAAAGAAUUGCUGCUGCAAAAGAAGAAGCAAAUAAUAUAA